GAUUUAAUAACAUAAAAGAGAAAUAUUUGAAUGCCUCAUCAGCACAUGUAGACUUGACGCCAAAGGCAUCAGAAUUUCAUUGCCUCUUAAUAAUCAAGCACGAUCUUGUUCACAUUAGCUGGGACGACGAAACGGCCUGCCGGCGCCUUGGGUAACGACACAACGAUAAUAAUUGCCAACUGAUGCAGUACUUAGUACAAAAACUUGUCUGCCUUAUUUUCGUUUUAUUGUAGUCAACGAUAAUUUGUAGUUUAUCUUCAGCUACUGUAUUUAAUGAAGGUCAGGGGAGUGUUUCCACCAAGGCUACGGUCCUAUAGUGCGAUGAUCGUAUGAUAUUCGACCAAUGGGGAUGCUUCAAAGAAUUACCCUUUCCCCACCGAUUUUUAUGAAUGUUCAAGUUAAAUUUAAUACACUUGUGUUGAUUUAAAAAAUAGUUUUCAAAGUUGGAAAUGACGGUGUCGAAAUGUGAAUCAUCGUGCCAUUCAUGGAUGCAAUAGUAGAGUAGAAAAUAGAUUUAAUUUAUUCAGAUGUACAGCGACCGAGUCUCGGUGAAGCUGAUGUUGAAGCAAGAGUGGCUUUUUGGUCCUCGAGACUGAGGUACUUCUUCGUAUGGAUUUUUUUUGGGUUGGAGAGAAACCAGUUGAGAAUUUUUCUCGCUGUGGGAACUACCAAGUAAUCCUCACCCUUCUCGUCUCUCCAUCUGUACCCUUUUCUUAUGCACUAGCAGUUCACAAAUAGCCUUCGUUAUAUGGACUCAUGUGGCUGGUCAUCUAAAAGGGGAUAAACUCGGUGGAAUUUUUAUAGAAAAAAAAAUUUCUUUAACUGUCUGACGUUUAAGGCAGCUAUAGAAUGAAAAAGCCGAUUUUUUAACAUCAGCUAAAAAAUGAAAACAUUCAAAAUAAAACAGAAGUUAGAUGGUGGAAAUAAAAAAGAGAGUGCAGAGAGAGAGAGUAGGCUUUUAAUAAUUCUUUGCCACGCAGCUCAACGUUGCUGCUGCUACUAUGCACAUUAAUAAUUUGCCCAACCUCCUAAGAUCCUCCUCCUCCUUCUCCUCCUCUUCUUCGACUUCUUGGUCGUCGUCCUCCGCGUCCUCUUCACCUGUCGAGACACACGGGCCAUCAGUAAGUAGAAAUGGAGGGAAUGCAAAGAGAUAGACAAUAAAAGAAGACAGAAUAGAACUAACCAGACGAGUAAAGUCGUUGCUACACCCCAACACUCUCACUCUUACUUCCUCGCCCUCAUAUCGAGUCUUCCAAGCCGGUCGUGAUGGUCCCAAUCCGAGAAUUGUUCGUUAGUUGGGUCUCAAACUUCGUGUGAGAAUCACGACCUAGUAAAUUGGAUAAUUUGUUAGUAUAAUCUUCUAUCUGAGUGGAAUUAAUUUUUAUAAGAUAUACUAGUGAAAUCGGCUGGAGAUAAAAGUGUGACUUGCAUCUUUUCAGUAACUUUUAAAGAUUCGAUGCCAAAGGGUGAUUUUUAAUAUAAAAAACACAUAUUUUUGACAGUUUAAAAACGUAACAAAUAAUAAAAAUGGCUUAUGACGACGUGAUAUUGCGAAUGGGAGAAUUUGGAAGGUAUCAAAGAAGGAUUUAUUUACUUCUAUGUCUUCCUGCUAUUAUUUGUGCUUUCCAUAAAAUGGGUGGAGUAUUUUUGGGUGCUAAGAUGAAUUCCAGGUGUAUAUUGCCUUGGGAGGAUAGUAAGAAUGCAACAUUUUAUUUGGAUCCAAAGAUAAUGAAUGCGAGUUAUCCCUACGAUGAAAAGAUUGGUGGGCUGUCACAAUGUAAAAGAAGAGCGAAUCUGUCAGAAAUAUAUGUCUCCACAAAUGAUGAAGGUAGAGAAGAUGUCCAAAGCAGCGAUAACACAACAAGGAUCUCAACCGACGAGUUUAUAACCUGUGAAGAAUUCGUCUACGACACUAGCGUUUACAAAAGUACAACUACCUCUCAGUGGAAUUUAGUAUGCGAUAGAGCACAGCUAAGAGCCGUAGGAGAUUCACUUUUCAUGGUUGGCGUGAUGCUGGGAUCAAUCAUCUUUGGAAGCUUAUCAGAUAAAUUCGGACGUAGACCAAUUUUCUUUUGGUCUUUAAUUAUUCAAUUAGCAGGAGGAAUUCUUGUUAGUAUUGCACCUGAAUACAUUUCCUAUGUUAUCUUCAGGUUAAUUGUAGGUUCAACUACCAGUGGAGUGUUUUUGGUUGCAUAUGUUAUCGCUCUUGAAAUGGUUGGUCCAAAGAAAAGAUCAAAUGCAGGUGUAGGCUGUCAACUAUUCUUCACAACUGGUUAUAUACUAACCGCUGCAUUUGCUUAUUUUAUUACUGACUGGCGAUACUUGCAAAUUGCUAUCACCAUACCGAGUUUUGUCUUUCUUUUUUACUGGAAGUUCAUUCCCGAAUCUGCUCGUUGGCUUUUAACAAAAGGUAAACAUGAAGAAGCGAAAAAUUUAUUGCAAAAAGCUGCAAAAGAAAAUGGCAUCGAUAUUCCACGAGAAACAUUAGACUGUCUUCUUCAUGAAACUACAGAAUGCAAUUCUAAUAAUAAUAGGGCUACUUUAUUCGAUUUAUUCCGCUCUCCUAAUUUAAGAAAAAAGAGUAUUCUCUUAUUCUUCAAUUGGCUUGUAAAUAGUGGAACAUAUUAUGGCCUUUCUUGGAACGUAAAUAAUUUAGGUGGAAAUGAUUACAUUAAUUUUUUAAUCCUAGGAGCUGUAGAAGUACCUGCAUACACGUUUCUUCUUUUAUCCUUGGACCGAUGGGGUAGAAAAAUAAUUCUUUGUGGCUGUAUGAUUGUGUCUGGCAUUUGUCUACUUGGCACAUUAUUGGUUCCAGCGGGUCACCCCUGGGGACUCACAGUACUUGCAAUGAUCGGAAAAUUGGCGAUAACAUCCUCAUACGGAGGAAUAUAUAUUUUUACUGCAGAACAAUUUCCUACCGUCGUCAGGAAUGUUGGCCUUGGUGCUUGUUCAACUUUCGCUAGAAUAGGUGGGGUCGUUGCACCUUACAUCAAUCAUUUGGCUGAAAUAUGGACUCCAUUUCCCCUUGUUAUUUUUGGAGCAUGUGCACUUGCUGGUGGCUUAGUAUCACUAUUACUGCCUGAAACGCUUAAUAAGCAAUUACCAGAAACAAUAGAGGAUGGAGAACUGUUUGGAUUGAAAGAGAAGAAACUGAAACCUAAGAAGAAUAAAAAACAACACGAGCUUCAACAACUUGAUAUUCCACGAAACGAUGGAGAACCAAUAAAGACGAUAAAAACUAUAGAAAAUGGAAUUCAUGAUGCAAAACAGAAUGGAUGACGCUUGUAAAUUCUUUUAUAAUUGAUAAGCAAUUUUCGUUUGCAGUAUUUAUCGCGUUUUACCUGCUAGACGGAAAAAAACGUGUUAAAAACAAAAAACUGAACAAGUGUGUUCGAUUUCUGUUGACGCUCAAAUUGAAAAAUAACAGUGUGACUGAAAUAAUGAAAGUCUUUUUUUUAAACAUGAAAAAAAAAUUCAUUCAAUUAAAUUUAAGUAUAUGUGAUGAACAUUCUUAUCAUUGUAACAAUUAUCAAACUAUGAAGAUAAGCGCACUUUAAUUAAUAGUAGUUUAAUCCAUUUUUAAAAAAUGAAUCUUUAUAUGGCACGAUAAAAUACUGUCACAUUGAUAGUAUAUAAAACGUCACAUUAGUUGUAAUAAAAUUCUUCGAUAAAAAAACAAAUAAAAAAAGUUUUUUUGAUAAACUUAUUGUUUUAUUUUCAGAAAGAAAAACUAUGUUGUAUGUCAACAAUUUUCUCUACUUGGUUUUUAAUUUAGCGCGGUUUUUAGUUUCGUUUGCUCACACAAGACAGCGCAAUAUCAAACUUUCUGCCGGCAAAUUUUAAAUGUUUAAAUAGACUUAGCAAUUUUUUUUUUUCCACACACUUUUCUAACCUUUAUCUUAUUUAU